AUGUAUCGCUGCGUUCGGGUUACGCAUCCCCACCAGUUUCUGCAAUGUACUUUAUGGCGCGAACGGCCAGAAGACGAGGUUCAAGUUUACUCGCUUGACACCGUAACCUAUGGCACGAAGCCUGCUGGUUUUUCGACAAUUCGUGCAAUGCAGCAGCUAUUCUACGAUGAAGAAGGGAAAUUUCCAGUAGCAGCUAAAAUCAUACGCACAAACUUCUACGUGGAUGAUCCAAUCGCAGGAGGAGACACCAUUGAGAAGGGCGUUGAAAUUCGUCAACAAAUCAAGGCGCUCUUGGAAAGAGGACAUUUUCCAAUUCGCAAAUGGUGUUCCAACGAACCUGCGGCGCUAGGAGUGGAUGACUCGGAUCGGGAGAAAACUUUAAAGUUCCACGAAGAAACCGACGUUACAAAGGCGUUAGGUUUAUCUUGGGACACGCUAUGGACAGAAUGGACAGAAAAAUCCGCAACUAAGCGCAACAUCCUGUCGGCUUUCGCUAGGUUUUUCGAUCCCCUUAGACUAAUAGCCCCAAUCAUAACCAAGCUUAAAAUUUUCAUGCAGGUCUUAUGGAAGGAUAAACUCGACUGGGAUGAAUCCCUGCUGCAAUCUUUACAUUCCGCUUGGUUGGAGCACAUGUCGCAGAUCGCCACAGUUGCUUGCUUGAAGCUUCCACGCUUUGUUCUACAGCAUCGUUUGUUCUACAGUUCAUCGGACGAAAUACAUGGAUUUUGCGAUGCAAGCAUGGCAGCUUACGGAGCUUGCAUUUAUUUUCGAUCAGAGAACCAAGGUAUCGUUUCGUCGAACCUACUUUGCUCAAAGUCAAGAGUCGCACCCUUGCAGACCCUCACGAUUCCGAAGCUAGAGUUAUCUGCCGCUCUUUUACUGUCCGAGCUUGCCUCUAAAGUGGCACAAAUUGCAUCUCGAUCUUGCACCUUUCAUUGUUGGUCAGAUUCGACAAUGGUUUUGGCCUGGAUCCAUCAACCUCCAUCGGAUUUUAACAUUUUCGUUUCGAACAGGAUUUCUCAGAUAGAGGAGCGAACUAAUGACUUGGAGGCACGUACCGUCAAGGCAGAAUCCGGCGGGUAUCUUAUCUCGUGGAUGUACCCCUAUUGA